CUCUUCGACAAUUUCCCCCGUUGACAUCCGUCUGCUUCGCGCGCUUUCCAUGCCUCCCUCACCCGGCACCGCGUGCUCGGAUCGAUCGAUCACUGUGUAAGCGGCGGCAUCAGCCGCCCCUGAACCACAGUAUGCAGACAGGUAAGACGUCGACAAGGCUGAGUUAAGGUUUUCAUACCAUGCAGCAGCUGCGGCUGUAAUCUUUCGAACAGCAUGAAGCCUGCAGACAUUUUGGUGCUGAACAAUACUUCAUGUCCUUUUCCUUGACUGCAAGACCACCCAUUCGCCAUGUACAAGGAGUACCGUUCGUGCCUCGUCAUGGCCACCGACGCAGCUGCCAGUAAAGUCGCAGCCGAGCUGGAACGUCUGUCCGCCGCUGCAGUGUACGCAAUAAAUCAGCGUGAUUUCGCCUUGAACAAGACCCCAGAAGCGAAAGAAGUCCUGCAACAUGUUGCACCCGACUUUUCGGGAACAUCCGACGGCAUUUUGGGCAAUGUGACCCUCGCCGAGCUCAUCGAAGAGCGCCGGCAGUUCUUCCUCGAGCACCCCCAGGCUUAUUGCGACCUCAAAGCCAUGUCCACCACCAUCGACCCGGAUGGCAGAACCGCGAGUGUACACCUGUAUGUUGAUAUCGCGGGGAUGGAGACCGUCACGAUCCCUGGAAUGGCGGAGUUUCGAUGGCGGUGGACCGAUGGGAGAUGGCUAUGGUUCCACCACAUCGGCAUGAGGGGUGUAGAAUUGUCAUGAGGGCCAGCUGAGGCAAAAGAAAAGAGUCUACGAUGAAAGAGACGUCAUCUUUGUGCCUACACGAUGA